AUGCAUAUUGAACAUAAAUCAAAUAAGAUUAUCAACGAAUUCAUAAAACAAUUUCCUGAUGAAUAAAGGAACAGCGUAAUGAAUUUUCUGUUAAUUCUUGGAUUCGACAUUGCUAGAAAACUGGGAUAAAACAAUCAGGCUGAACUCUAUUCAACGAUGAAAUAGUUAUCAAGUAUAAAAUUUGAUUCACCAUUUUUUGUAGAAUUUAUCAUUAAUGAUUACACCUAGAAUGGCUAAAGUGAGUUGCGAGAAGAGAUUAAAAAAAUUUAGCAAUAAUUGGUUCAACUAAACUCAUUGUUCAAUAAUAGUGAGAACGAGUAGAUGUAAUCGAAGAGCUAGGAUAUCUACCGAAAUCAACCUUAAAAUAGACCUUAAUAUAGUCAUAACAGAUUUUAUACACAGAACGAUAUGGAGGAUUAAAUAAAUGCAAGAAUGAGAGAAGAACAAUAACUUAGUACAAAUUCAAAAAAUUAAUUCAAACCUGCCAAAAGAAACAAUAAACAUAAAUCACCAUUGUAACAAAAUAAUAAUAAUUUAACUGCCAAAAUAACUGAAUCUCCACCUCCUCCGAUGAUUUUUUAAAAAACUGUAAGCAGCAAAUUCAAUAUUAAACCACACUUAGAUGAUCAUCAAAUAAAAUAAUUGCUUUACUCUGAAAAUGAAAAAAUAUAUUAAGAAGAUUUUGAUUCAGUUUCAAAUAGAGGUCAUCAUUACAAUCCAUCUCCAAAAUCUAUUAAAUACACAUUAAAUAUUUAGAACCUUGACAACAUCGGAUAAAGAUUUUAAACCCAUGAAACAAAUAAAAAGAAUAAACCUUAAUAAACUUCGAAUAGCAGCAGAUAAAAAAAGAAAGUGCCUGCAUAUUUAUAGAAUGUUGAAUCCAAAAUUAAACCAAAAUUAGAUUAGGAUAAAUAGGCAUUUAAAAAUUAAAAAAAUUAUGAUGGCGAUGAAAAUCAAUAUUAUAACGACUAGAUCUCUUCAUCAUAAAAAAUGACUGCUAAUUUUUAAAAUAAUAAAAAUUUUAUUCGUCCUAGUUAGGAAUCAGAUACUUAUUAUGAAAUACAGCAAUACUUGAUUAAUUAAUAGCACUAAAAUGUUCAUCUUUCUCCAGUUUAAGAAAUGAAAACAGGCAAUGAGAUCAAUUAUAACAAAAAAAAAACUUAGAACUUUAGGGAUAAUACAAAAAGUUCAUUGAAAAGCUCAAAUGAUGCAAACAAUCUUCGGUAGCAUCAGCAAUAAAACUUUUUUGAAUAACAUGAAAGCCUACCUUAUGCAAAUUCAAUUACUCCAAUUUAGGUAUCCGAUUUUUAAACGAGUAAAUAAUAAUCAGAUUUAAGCUUUGAUGCAUUUAGAAAAAAAGCCUAAUUCAUUUCUCCAUAUGCAAUAUCUUUACAGCAAAGUUCUUAGCCAAUUCAAACAGCUUAAAAACUCUAAAGGAAUGAUGAAGAAAGUAGUGAAAGUUUUUCUAAUUUUACACCACCAAACAAGGAAGUUAGAGAAUUUUUAUCUAAACAGUGCAUUUAUUAAGACUAAGAUUGA